AACGAAUCCACAAAAAAACACUGUUUUCUAAUCGAUCUAAUCGUUGCUUUAUAGAUUCACAAUCAUUCCCCAUUCACCCAAAAUGACAAUGAUAAUAAGGCCAUUGUGCAAUGAAGCUUGUUACAUAUGGCUUUGAUAAGAGGGUGAUAGAAUUACUGUGUUUACGUGAGCUUAAGAGUAUCAGGUUAAACAGGUAAUAUCAUAUCCUGUGCAAUAAUCUUUGAACAAUGCUGCAUUCCUAGAGAGCACCGCUAAAAAAAUGUAUCAUCAAAAUGGAGGGAGUAGCCACUUUCCCUAUAGAAGUACACUUAGCCAGGAUGGGAUCGUUAAGAAUGCUGUCAUUCAUACACAUUUACGUCAAGGAUUACAGACGUAUAAAAAUUGCAUAAAUAUUAACAGAAGUCUCCUUACGUGAAUAAGAGUUUUCUUGAAUGGCUGAGCCAAUCAAUGGAAGGAAUUGUUACAACACUCAGUCUUACACCACGGCUUGCAACAGUGUGAUAAUGAUACGUAGCGAAGGUCAAUGGGUUAAUCUGUGCAUGGUACUCAGUUUUGCUUGCACUCCAGCUCAGGUGAUGAAUGCAUGUGUGUAGCAUGCACGUGGACAUGUGAAAACCGUGUGGGGCCUUUAUGACCUAAACUGAAUAUAGCUAUAGCAGCUGUUUUGAAACUGGACUACAAUGAAUUAACGAUGGACACCAUGCAUGUAGGGUAUAAUUUUAUUUGUACAGUGGAACCUCCAUAGAACAGACACCAUUGGGGAACAGCCUUUUAGCUGUUAUAGAGAGGUGGUCUUCCUUGGGAGGUUUCGAUUGCCAGCCAUGCACGGGGUGGAUCAAUGCCAUAGAACCGAUUUCUAUCAUACUGCUUGUCUCGUACAUUAGAUAGGCCUAUACUCUUUCAUGCCAGCUGAAGAUAUUGCAUUGGCAUUUGUAAUAGCAAGAAUCUCUUUAGUAAUAUCCUGUUCAAAGGCUGAGUACAAAUUUUCCCCAUUCAAAUUGUCCAUGGUUACCACUUUUAAAAGAAUUCCACUAGCAUGAGUAGCAUGAGUACAAGCUCCUCAAAUUACAAUGAGCAUGCAGAUAAUCUCUGGCUGCAUGGUGGAGAGCAAACUUGCAUUCUUGUAUUACCUAAUUAUUGCUCCAUACAAGCUAGCUAUAGUGGAGUAUAUAAAAAGAACAUUUCUUUGGUUCAGUCAGUCAGACCAAAACACCUCCAAGAAAACAACUUCUUCGAUUGCACAGCCUAUAUAAAGCUCACCACUCUCCGAAAUGGCUUCUUCAAUCCGUAUGCUCUUUGCAGCAGCUGUACUGCUAUUCACCACCUGCAAGGCAGCCCCCAUCGUUAGGAGACAAUCAACUAAUGAGUCGGAUGCACUAACAAAUUAUGCUCUAGGACUGAUUAUUGGAACUCAUAUUGCAAAUGCCUCACUUGUUGACCGCCUCACAAAUCACUCGGCGAACCUCUCAGAGUCCGCCUUUGGUGCAGUCCGGAUCGCUUGUACUCUCCACUCUGGCUACAAGAACAUUGACGCUCUCUCACCCAACGACUCUGCUGACGCCUUGAUUAUACUCAUUUCUGAGAAGAUCCAAGAAGACGCUUGUGAAUUGCUCAAGGAAGAAGUUGGUCCCUCUGUUUUUAGUCUGGAUUGUGGGAGUGAGAGUGUGUUUAGUGAUUUGGACAACAUCUGUGCUCUCUGGGACUACUCGGUCAUGGCUCAGUCAAAUGCCGACAACUUGAAGGUUGUCACGGGAACUCGAUGCGAUUCCGAUGAGUCUAUGAAGAUAAAAUGUGACGAAUGGAUUUGCAAUCAUAAUCUUCAAGACAACGAUUCUAUUAUGAGGGCUAGCCUCACCCCUGAAGAGUGUCCAUAAACCACAGUAUAAAUUUCAUCCCUUAUCAAAUUACAAUAAUAAUUAUUACCAAUUGAUCAUAUUUUCUCUGUUGUUAGAGAUUCACACAAUUAAAAUUAUUAUUAUUUCUUUGCUAUGGAAUAGUUAUCAGAAUUUCAUUGAAUGACAUUGUGGCUUAUAUCUGAACUUAUUUUGUCUGCAUGAUUGUGUAUUGCAUGGACAGGUGUCACAGUGUUUGUGAGUUUCAAUAAUUAUGGUAAGCUCGUGCACACUUAGCAACACACCGACCUUGGUGCUCCGGUGUAGAUUCUCAGUUGGUACGUACUAUAAUGAAAUUAUGUAUUGAGCAAUUCUAUAAGCCAAUGGGAUUAAACAGCUGGAUGGAUGUUUCCACAGUAGUUAUCUUUUAACUGUGUGGGCCCAGAUUGCUUUUCAUAGCUCCAAAUCCAUCAGUUUUUUGGCAUACUACAGUGAUAGUACUGGCGUCAUCGUUUUCAUCUUUCGUACACACUAUAUGCAUGGACUUAAUUCAGUGUAGUACUGUAUUGUGAAGGAUUUACAUUUGCGAACGUUGCAAGUGCUUAUACCAUGCACCUCACAGAUAUUUGAUUAAACUUCUCUGCAAUCUUUAUUUUGGUACUGAAGGUGCAUUGGUGAUGCAAUUACAGUAUAAGCAGUGGCUAAUAUUAGAUUGUUUGUUUUGCCAACUGCGUGGGAGACAAAUCCUCAACAAGUGGCCGUCACAUAAACUCAGCACCAAGCAAUUGAAGCAUUGCGUAUUAAAUUGCUCAUUGUUUUUAAAUGCUGUCAUAUUCAGUCUCUUGGCAACAACAUGGUUUGAGUGAUUUGAUAUAGAUCAUCCAUUUAUGUGAUAUGCAUGCAUGUCUAAAAAUGGCUGUAGAUUUGUUUUUGGGAGUUUUGAAGUGGUUAAGCUAUAUAUAGAGUAACUACUAGCAUCUUAUAUGGUACUGUAUACACUGUUCUGUGUCUUGCUUUGCCAACUUUGAAGUUUAAUCAAAUAUCUGUGCAUGAGAUGCAUGGUAUAUAUUAAGCAUUUCUACAAAGUUUGCAAAUUUAGUUCUUGCAUGUUCUGCGAAGGUUUGUUUGUGCAGUUUUAGUGACUAAAAGGCUAAAAACUCUCCAGCGCAUGCUGACUGUUAGAAUUACUGACCUUUUUUAAAUGAUGAAUGCACAUGCUGACUGUUUAGUAGAAGUGACGACCUUUUUUAGGUAAAAUUCAGAGUCUUUGUCCUGCUCAACUAACUGUGCUUACUGGAACCCCUCUUUCAAGAAUCCUAAUCCGCCACUAGGCAUCCAUAUGAUAUAAUUAUAUACAGGUAAGCAGACUCACAUAUUAUAAACAGACAUGCACCAAAUGACUAUACUAUACCCACUGGCCGAGGUACGGCCUCGGGUAAAAAGCAGAUUUCUUCCACUGCAUUUACACACAGUGCAACAUGCUAUAUACAGA